AUGCAUGCUGGCUGGCUGGCAUCAUCGGGGACGAAAACGAUAACUAGCCGCCAUUCUGGAUUGUGCUCAUCGUGGCCCUGGCUCGCUUGCUCUUUGUACAGAAUUACGAGAGCUGUGGUGACUCGGGGAACAGCGAUUCGUACUGAUAGCCUCGCUCCUGAUCUUGUAGGCCUACUCUGGGAUGAUAUCAGAAGUGUGAGAAUUGACGCUUUGCUAGGGUUUGUUUGCUCAUAUUGCUCGCUGCCCGUGUCCAGAGUCAGCUUAUCCGACACUAUUUGUGCUCCUAAUAGCUGCUCCGCGCGUGCUGUUUGUAUAGCCGAUCAAACCGCAGCUGGAUACUGUAGAAGUGGUGCUUAA